UCAGGUAUAUGGACAACGCCACAGCUCAUUACUGGUCACAGAGAUGAGGGGGCAGCCGCUGUUCCUGUACCGCCACUGUCAACCAACCAACCUCCCUCAAUCCUUCCUUGCAUUCCAUUCUGAUUCUUGACGAGAGAGGUCACGAUUCAUCUGUUCGCAAAUGUACCGUUUUAGUAUAGAGGCAGCAUGACCAUCUCGCUACUCAUUCACAGGACAAGCGCGCGUGUGUGAAUUAAAGGUGUUUUGUCUUUGAAUCAAGUCCAGAUCAAGAUAUUUGAAAUCAGGAUUUCUCGGGGCGCUUGGUUCAUUCACCAUGGCACCACAUCCAGUAGUUCAGGCAAUAAUAGACCUCUCUGCUGGAGCUAUAGGGGGCGCUGCUUGUGUGUUCAGUGGUCAACCCUUGGACACGGCAAAAGUGAAAAUGCAGACCUUCCCCACUUUGUACAGAGGCUUUGUGCACUGCUUUGUGUCGACAUACAAACAGGUGGGACUUCGGGGGCUGUAUCAAGGUACCACGCCUGCCCUCAUGGCUAACAUCGCUGAGAACUCUGUGCUCUUCAUGUGCUACGGUUUUUGCCAGGAGGUGGUCCGCGUUGUCUCUGGACAGGAGAAAGGGACUGUGCUUAGUGACAUGCAGAAAGCAUGUGCAGGCUCCGUGGCUUCUAUUUUCUCCUCUCUGGUGCUUUGUCCCACUGAACUGGUGAAGUGCCGACUGCAGGCUAUGCAUGAGAUGACCACCUCGGGCAAGAUCGCCAAAAGUCAAAACACAGUUUGGUCAGUUAUAAAGUCCAUCAUGCACAAUGAUGGUCCUGCAGGGUUCUUCCUGGGUUUAACUACCACCAUUGCCCGUGAGGUGCCUGGAUAUUUCUGUUUCUUUGGAGCAUAUGAGCUUUGUCGGUCUCUCUUUGCUCAGUACAUGCACUGCGACAAGGAUGACAUUGGUGUAGCCCCCAUUGUGUUCAGUGGGGGUUUUGGGGGAGCUUGUCUCUGGCUUGUCGUGUACCCCAUGGAUUGUGUUAAAUCCAGAAUACAGGUCAUGUCAAUGACAGGCAGGCAGGCUGGCUUCUUCAAGACCUUUAUGCACAUCUUCAGAAUGGAAGGUAUAAGGGCUUUAUAUUCUGGUCUCACUCCCACAAUGAUUCGAACGUUUCCAGCCAAUGGUGCUCUCUUCUUAGGAUAUGAAGCCAGCCGCAAAUUCAUGAUGGCACAGUUUUGACAGCUGACAGUUAUUUUCUCUUGUUAGGUCCUUAAUAUUUUAUUUUUUACUAACUCAACAUAAUCAGCCCUUACUUACUCAAACAUGCCAUAAUAAUAAUAAUCACAUGCAAUCCCUAAUACAGAUUGUUAUAAAGAUGCUUUUUUUUUCUUGUUAGAUAAUUUCUGAGUGUUAUUUUUUCCUUUUUUUUUUUUUUUUUCCUCUUUAUCCCCUUUUCUCCCCAAUUUGGAAUGCCCAAUUCCCACUACUUAGUAGGUCCUCGUGGUGAUGCGGUUACUCACCUCAAUCCGGGUGGCGGUUGCCUCCGCUUCCGAGACCAUCUUAUCGCCUGGCUCAUUGUGCAUGACACCACGGAGACUCACAGCAUGUGGAGACUCAUGCUACUCUCCGCGAUCCACACACAAUUUACCACGCGCCCUAUUGAGAGCAAGAACCACUAAUCACGACAAUGAGGAGGUUACCCCAUGUGACUCUACCCUCCCUAGCAACCUGGCCAAUUUGGUUGCUUAGGAGACCUGGCUGGAGUCACUCAGCACACCCUGGAUUUGAACUUGCGACUCCAGGGGUGGUAGGCAGGGUCAAUACUCAUUGAGCUACCCAGGCCCCCCUUUUCUGAGUGUUCUUAAAGAACAUGCAGCGUUGGUCAGGGAGUCUAGUGACUUGAUAUUAUUUAAACUGUAUUUUCAUACAGUUUUUUAGUCUACCUCAGUAUACUGGCCAGUUUCCCAAAUCUCAAAACUCCAGCGGUGUAAACAACUAUGCAAGUAAAUGCUAAGCUGCUCCCUAAAACACUAACAGACAAAAGGAACAAAAACCACAGUUCAGUGGUUUUGGAAAUACAGUUUUUAUGGUUUACUCAUUUUGUGCUGUCAAUAUAAUAUCAGGAUAGGCAUUAUUAGUGUGUAUUUGAUCAUACAGUAUUUCAGAAAGGUAGGAAUGCCUGAUUUUUUUCAAAUGUAUUUCUUUAACUUGGUUUUAAAUAUGUUCAUAAAUGGAUGUGUGAGCAUGUGCUUGUUACAUUCAAUCUUUCUGCCAAGACACAUUCAGCUGUAGACAGACCCUACAACUGUAACAUAAUAGCAGUAUUAAAUUUUAAGGCACAUCAUCAUAUCAAAAUUUGUAUUGACUGUAAAUGAUCUGCCAUUUCAUUCAGCAAUGGAAGACUCUCUUGUAUCAUUCUUUUUUCUCCAUUGUAAAGAAUCCCCACCGUAAAAAAAAAAAAAAACAAAACAAAAAAAAACCCCAAAAGAGAAUAACUUUGUAAAACCAUUAUUUUUAUUUUUUACGUUUGCAUAUUUGACUUAUCUUUUUUAUUAUUAUUAUUAUUUUGAAUUAACAUGACACAACAGUGGAAAAUCAAAUUGUGAAUUAAAAUCUGCCAUAAAAACCA